GUCACACCCAUGGUGCACUAGUGCAUGACUCUCUAUGAAAAGGAAAAUUUAGUAUAGUGUCUUUAUUUAAAUUGAAAAAAAUAUUGGUACUUACUUACAUAGUGAAAUAGAUAGAUACAAUAAUUAUUACAAGCCAAUACCUCAACGCUUGUUUCGCCCUCAUUUCAGUGCUUCCAAACCAAACGAAACUCUCUUGCGGUUUCCCUUCUUUGUCUUCACCACUUUUAUUAUUUUCUUAUCAGGAAAAGAAAAAUAUGGAAGUUGUUGUAGCAAAAGCGUUGAAACCAAGCUUGAGAACAGAAUCUAUUUUUCAACAAACAAUUUGUGAAGAGAUUUUGUGUUUGAACGCUAACAACGUUGUUGUCGGUGAAGAUUUUUCCGUUGAUGACUACUUACUUGACUUUUCCAACGGUGAGUUUCAACAUGGUUCUGUCGGAAAAGAAAUUGAUGAUUACGAGGAAGAAGAAGAAGAAGAACAUGAAAAAAACAGCACCACCUCGGUUUGUUCACAGGACCGAAUAGAAGAUGACGGUAAUUCCAAUUCGACGACUUUUUCCGGUGCCGGCGACGGCGAGUCUGACUCCAUUUUUGCCGGCGGAUUAUCAGUUCCGGCUGAUGAUGUUGCGGAUUUGGAAUGGGUAUCUCAGUUUGUUGACGAUUCUGUCCCGGAACUUUCUCUAUUGUAUCCGGUUCAGGCCCGGGUCGAACCAGAACCUAGACCGGGCCCAACAAAAGCUACUUCCCAACUCUCAUUAAUUCGCAAAAAACCCAGAACCAACAAACCUAGAAGGCCCAACUGUAACAUGUGGGCCUUCAACCCAGUACUCUGCUCCGUAAAGAAGCACAGGAAAAAGCCCGAGGCUCAAACGGGUGGAGCCCAAUUUCAAAGAAGGUGCAGCCACUGCCAGGUGCAGAAAACCCCACAGUGGAGAGCCGGUCCGCUUGGGCCAAAAACACUCUGCAACGCUUGUGGUGUUCGGUUUAAAUCCGGUCGGCUGUUUCCGGAGUAUAGACCGGCUUCAAGCCCGACGUUUUCCGGUGAUAUUCACUCGAACAGCCACCGUAAGGUUUUGGAGAUGAGGCGGAGGAAGGAGACCGAUGAACCGGAGACCGGUCUAGACCGGAAUUAAAUGGUGUCGAGUUAGUGAUAAUGGUAAGGUUUAGAAUAGAUUUUUAGUGAACCAACCGGUCUGAACCGGUUUCUUAAUUUUUGGUAUAAUAGUCAAAUGAUUUUAGUGGUAGUGAGUGACUAGUCAGCUAAGGCAGGUAAUGAAAAUUAGGAAGAAGGCAUUAAUUGUCUGUGACUGUGCCCCAUUUUCUCAGUGCAAUUAAUUUGUUUAAUUUAAUGAAAUUCUAAUAUAGUUAAAGUCUAGGAUAAGAAUUUUAAAAUGAGGA